GGAUUACGCCAAGUCUUUUUGAACAAUUUGUUGGCACCCCACAAGAAGCUGUUGAUGAAUAUACGUUUACACAGGUUUUAGGUUAUAAUGAAGCUAAACGACAACUUCAUAAACAUUGGUCGACAUGGGUCACUGAAAAGGAUAUAGUAACAUUGGAUUCUUAUGGAAUAAAUCAUCUUAGGAUACCUAUCGGUUAUUGGGCCUUUGAUAAGGUGCCUAGCGAGCCAUUUGUCAAGGGUGCUUUCGAAUAUUUGUUGAAAGGAGUCUUAUGGGCCAAAAAAUAUAAUUUAAAAGUUGUUCUCGAUUUACAUUGUGCACCGGGGUCUCAGAAUGGAUUCGACAAUAGCGGUAAACAAGGUCCUGUCGAAUGGCAAACAGGCGCAACAGAUAAUAUCCCACGUACUAUUAAAGCCAUUAAAAUCAUGACCGAAAGGUUUAGUAGUCCAAGAUUUAAAAAUACGGUCACUGCCAUCAAUGUUCUUAAUGAACCUGCUAGGCAAGUAGCUUAUCAUUUCUCUCUCAAAUUCAAAUAUAAAAUUUAUGAUUCAUACAAUGUUAUUCGUCACAUAAACAGUGAUAUUUUAAUUAUAUAUCACACGGCCUUUUUACCUCUAAAUACAUGGCAAAAUUUUCUAAGUUCUUCAGGAUUCGAUCAAGUUGUGUUGGAUACUCAUAACUAUGCAGUUUUUGACUAUUCUCUAUUGGCUAUGAAUCAAGAGCAACGACUAAAUUUUGUCUGCUUAAGCAAAGCAGAUAUUACAUCGAAUCAAGGCAUUUGGAUAUUGGUUGGAGAAUGGAGUCUUGCUAUAACCGAUUGCACAAAAUGGUUAAAUGGUUUUGGUCAUGGUGAAGGUAAUUACUUAAAUUGGACGCAUGAUUAUAAAAACUAUCUGAAAAAUUAUGCGUCGGCUCAAAUGGAUGCUUAUGAAACUGG